AUCCGCAGCAUCGGACACUGACAGCAGCCAGCCAACCAACCAACCAACCAACCAACCAGGAGCAGAACAAAAAUGGCUUCAAUGAAAGAAAAGCUCAUCCACAAUGUGGUGGCCGAACAAUCCCUGCCACAGAACAAGAUCACCAUCGUUGGCGUUGGUGCAGUUGGCAUGGCCUGUGCCAUUAGCAUCCUGCAAAAAGACUUAGCAGAUGAAGUUGCUCUGGUUGAUGUGAUCGAAGACAAACUGAAGGGUGAGAUGAUGGACCUUCAGCAUGGAAGCCUUUUCCUGCGCACACCAAAGAUAGUCUCAGGAAAAGAUUACAGUGUGACAGCAAACUCCAAGCUGGUCAUCGUCACAGCUGGCGCAAGGCAACAGGAAGGGGAGAGCCGUCUGAACCUGGUUCAGCGUAACGUCAACAUCUUUAAAUUCAUCAUUCCCAACAUUGUCAAAUACAGUCCCAACAGCAUGCUGCUCGUUGUCUCCAAUCCUGUGGAUAUCUUAACCUAUGUGGCCUGGAAGAUCAGUGGCUUCCCCAAGCAUCGUGUUAUUGGCAGUGGCUGCAACCUGGACUCUGCUCGUUUCCGCUACCUCAUGGGAGAGAAAUUGGGCAUCCACUCUCUGAGCUGCCACGGCUGGGUUAUUGGAGAACACGGAGACUCUAGCGUACCUGUUUGGAGUGGUGUUAAUGUAGCUGGUGUGUCUCUGAAAACUUUGAAUCCUGAAAUGGGAUCAGAUGCAGACAAGGAGAACUGGAAGGAGGUCCACAAACAAGUCGUAGACAGUGCCUACGAGGUCAUCAAACUGAAGGGUUAUACAUCUUGGGCUAUCGGCUUAUCCGUCGCAGAUCUGGCCGAGACCAUCGUAAAAAAUCUCAGGCGUGUACAUCCAAUUUCUACAAUGGUUAAGGGAAUGUAUGGUGUGAAAGAAGACGUUUUUCUCAGCGUCCCAUGUGUACUGGGUAAUUUGGGUAUAACUGAUGUGGUCAACAUGACACUGAUGCCUGAUGAAGAGGAUCGUCUAAGAAAGAGCGCAGGCACUCUCUGGGGCAUUCAGAAGGAAUUGCAGUUUUAAGCUGUAUUGUAAUAUUCAUGUCAGUCCAUUGUCUUAAAGUGUUUUUAAAUUUUUAAUAUAUGUUGCACUUUUAGGUCAUAUUCAUUAUAUUGUAAUUAUGUGUAUGUGUGUACCUCAGUCCAGUGAACCCUUCAUUUCCGCAUUGGAAGCCUCUGCUAGUGUAAGUGUACACUAAUUGGAUGGCUGCUCUUGUUAAGAAAAAGUUAAUUUAAUCAUCAGAAAAAUUAAAUUUAUUACGUAUUGUGCGUUAUGUGUUACCUCCAAACCAUUGUCAUCACAGCCUGGAAAGAACAAUCUGCAAGAAGAUUCUGCCUUUGGAGUGAGGCAGAAGAAUUUGAUAUUUAUCAACCUUAAAGGGACUUAGGUCUGAUAUAUAAUAAUUAUAGAUAGAGCUGGUGAUUGUAAUAUGAUAUUGUUUACAGUCUUUAAAUAGUGAAUAGACAAAUUAUUAGACCUUUUGUGAAUGCAAAGGGUACACACCAGGCUCUUAAAAGGGUCAACAUAAAUGUACAGUAGUAUCUCAGGAAGGAUAGGAAUGUAUUACUGAAAUAUAAAUCAUCAACGUAACAAUCAGAAUUUAUCUUGUUGUCUUAGUCAGUUAUGGUUGAUAAAAUUUCCAGUGACAACGAAUGCCUGUAUUUACAAAUUUAGAGUGAAUGUGAUAUUUGAAGCAAAGAGAAAUGUAAAAGCAAGGCUGAGACACUAUUAAAUCAUGAUAAUAUUUUCUCCUA